UGAGCAUUGCAUUGGCAAUAUUUUGUAGACCGGGUCCGACCGGGAAAAAACCGGGGUCUUAAACCCUUGAAAUCCCCUUCCCAAUCCCCAUUGUUGUCUGUCACACUUCUAUGUUCAAACUCCAAAGAGCAACCAUGAAUCGGUCCAAGGCAAUCCUCGCCUCCUUCAGACUCGCGAAUUCGCUUCUCUCCACCCGGGUUAGCUCAGCUCGUUCCUUCUCCACUCAGGUGACGCACUUCUCCCGCUUCUCUUCACAUCUCUCAUUUCAGCCACACUCUUCUCAUUUACUGAACACCCAUCAAAAGCUUCACUUCUCUUCCAAACCCAACUCGUUGGUCCAACUCAUAGUGACCAACGACUGGUCUGAUGAGUUAGAGACCGAGUUAGAGAAGUUUAAGUCGGCAUUGACCCAUGAGACUGUCAUCUAUGUUUUGAAGAAACUCGAUAAAGACCCAAAAAAGGCGUCGAAUUUCUUCAACUGGGCUCGUGAAGAAAAUGGGUUUAAUCCCAAUUCUUGUGUUUAUAGCUUUAUGCUUAGGGUUUUGGCUAGUAAGGAUACAAUGAAAGAGUUUUGGAUAACUUUAAGGGAGAUGAAGGACAAAGGUUUUUAUCUUGACGAGGAAACUUAUUAUACGAUUCAUUCAUUAUUUAAAAAGAAUAAGAUGAAUACUGAUGUUGUGGCUUUAACCCAUUUCUAUAAGAGGAUGGUUGAAGAGAAUGCUAAGGAUAGCAUAGUGAAAGAGGUAGCUGAUGUUGCUUUGGGGGAUGAAUGGAGUAAUGAGAUUGAGAAACAAUUGGAUGAUAUGAAAAUUGUUUUAUCUGAUAAUUUAGUUAUAAGGGUCUUGAAGGAACUUCGAAGUUACCCUAGAAAAGGUUUGAAGUUUUUCCAUUGGGCUGGUAAGUGUUCGAGUUACAAGCAUAACACGGUUACUUAUAAUGCUCUUUUGAGGGUUCUUGCGAGGCGUGAUUCUAUUGGGGAGUUCUGGAGUGUUGUUGAUGAGCUGAAGGGUGAAGGAUUUGAGAUGGAUAUCGAUACUUAUAUUAAGGUUUCAAGGUAUUUUCAGAAGUUCAAGAUGUUGGAGGAUGCGGUGAAACUUUAUGAAAUCAUGAUGGAUGGCCCGUAUAAGCCUACAGCUCAAGAUUGCAGCUUACUUUUACGACGCAUUUCUGGUGGUGAUACAAAAGAUUUGAAUUUGGCGUUUAGGGUUGUGAAUAAAUAUGAGGCCGCCGGAAAUUCACUUUCUAAGGCUAUCUAUGAUGGGAUUCAUCGCUCUUUAACCGGGGUGGGUCGGUUUGAUGAAGCAGAGAACAUUAUGAAGGCUAUGAGAAAUGCUGGGUGUGAACCUGAUAAUAUUACGUACAGCCAACUGGUCUUUGGACUUUGUAAAGCAAGAAGACUUGAAGAAGCCUGCAAAGUGUUGGAUGAAAUGGAAGCACAUGGAUGUACUCCAGAUAUCAAGACAUGGACUAUUUUGAUUCAAGGUCAUUGCGAUGCUAAUCAAAUUGAUAAUGCAUUGAUGUGUUUUGCAAAGAUGCAGAAAAACUGUGAUGCUGAUGCUGACUUGUUGGACGUCUUAGUAAAUGGUUUCAUUGGUCAGAAUAGAAUAGAUGGUGCAUACAAAUUGCUUGUGGAGAUGGUUAAUAUAGUUCAUUUAAGACCUUGGCAAGCAACAUUUAAAAAUCUUAUUGAGAAGCUUCUGGGGAAAAGAAAACUUGAAGAAUCAAUGAACCUUCUUAAGUUGAUGAAGAAACAAAACUACCCACCUUAUCCCGAGCCUUUCAUUCAAUAUCUUUCAAAGUUUGGGACUGUGAAUGAUGCUAUAGAAUUCUUGAAAGCAUUGAGUGUGAAUGAAUAUCCAACCGUUGGAGCUUACCUUCAUGUUCUUAAAUCAUUUUUCGAGGAAGGUAGACAUUCUGAGGCCCAAGAUCUACUACAUAAGUGCCCUCAUCAUGUUCGUAAACAUCCUAAAAUCUCUGAACUCUUUGGUACCAAAUCUACUGCUUGAUUUUUUUUUUUAAUACUGAGAAUCAGCUCAAACUAGAAUCUUUACAGAUGCAAUGAGCAAUUUCUGUUUACUAGGAUUUUUUUUUUGGUAUUAUGUAGCUUCUUAUAUUUUUUUUCUGAAAAAAAAAAAGUUUCAUGAAUCUUAUUUGGGGAAGUUCAGCUUGGCAAGUUGUAAGGUUUUGCAAGGUUUUGCAGUGUUCAUCUUAACUAUUAGUGUCUGGUUAAA